GUCGCAAGGUGGCGUUGCAUGUAUACACAAACACGACCAUACGCAGAGUCUACAAUGUCGUGGGCAUGAUCAAAGGCAGAGUUGAACCAGACCGUUACGUGAUGAUAGGGAACCAUUACGACUCCUGGGUCCAGGGAGCCAUUGAUGACACCAGCUCUACAGCCAUGAGUCUGGAGCUCACCAGGGUUUAUGGAGGACUUGUCAAAGAUGGUACAUGGCGGCCACGGAGGUCUGUAGUGUUCGCGGCCUGGGGAGCGGAAGAGUUCGCCUUAUUGGGAUCGCUUGAAUAUGUUGAACAAUUCACGGAUCUCAUCAAAGAGCGGAUGGUCGCCUAUAUCAACAUGGAUAUAGGAGUCGGUGGUGAGGCAUUUUGGAUUUACAUUGUACUUUGA